UGAAGAUUGGUAAGGCUUGACCAGAUUUGGUAAGAAAAAAUCACUGGGCGCGCUUGUCUCACUCAACUGAUGACAAGUUUCUUCACAAAAUGAACAAAAAGUUUGCCAAGUGCGACCUUAGGCCCAAAGUUUUGACAGCUUUUUCAACUUACACGCGAGGAUUUGUAUAAAAACGUGAAUCCCGAAAAUUUCAUGAAAACCCAAAACAAAAAUUUGUUCUGUUUAUGUUUUUCCACCGGUCGUUGAACAAUCGUUCGUGCGUCGCUAAACAUCUAAAAUAAAGUGGAUAAUUAUGCAAAAGCAGAUUUGUAUCAGAUAAUUUAGUCAAACAGCUUUGAGUAUAUAGAAAGAACUCCCUGGCACGCAUCAUGGGUUGGAUUUUUCUCAUCUUCCAUGCACUUUUGGAACUAGCCGCAGUCGCCUUCAACCUACGGAUGCUGUUGAGUUGCUUCAAAGACAAAACAAAAUACCCGUUUCUUCAAAGAGGUAGAAUGUUCUUCAUUUGUCAGUGGAUUUGCCAAGUUACAAUUCUCGUCGCCGACGCCGUAGAAUCGUGGAAAGGAUUUACAAGUCAGCUCAAAAACAGCUGCAAUAUCUUCAGGAUCCUAUCGCUCUCAAUGAUGUUCUUCCAAGCUUUCAACUUGAUGGCGAUAGUCAUAAUCUUAACUGAGAACCAGGUAAAGCGUGAAAACAGAGAGUUUUCAACCAAACUGAAAAUAUCUGUAGUCCUUGUUUUGGGACUCACUGGCUCAGCAACAAUAUUGUGGAAUAACUGCUUUUCUUCAAAGAACCUUUCUCGUAUGGCCCUAAAAGCCAUUUUUUUUGCUUCUGUCAUAUUUGUCAUUCUAAUAGUUUCUACGGCGGCACGGAAUAUCAGCAUUGAAGACACGCCAACUGACGAAACUCAACCAGAAACUUCGGUUUGGAAGAUCUUUCCGAAAAAAAGAUAUGUGUUCUUGGUAACUUUGUUAAUAAUGUGCUUGACAAUAAUUUUAAGCUGGGAACCUCACUCCGAGUCAAGUUCCAGUAAUAAUAAAGCUGAAGAUUUUGUGGAAGUGAAUGUAUUUAAGGAGAUUGAAUAUUCAGUUGUUGAAACAUUCUUUGUUGGAAUCGUUCUACCAGCAAUGUUAACUGAUCUCAUUGAUUCAAAGAUGAGAUGAAAACUGCUCUCAUUUAGUGUCGAGUGAGGCGGUUGAGUUAUGAAUAGAUCUGGAGCUUCCAACCUCGAACAUUUUGGGAAAGUAACAUCAUACUGUGAAACAAGGAUUGUCAUUUUAAGAAGAUAGUCAGAUAUGCGGUCGUGAAGUACUUAUUUAAUAAUAUGAUGUAGCAAUUUGUUUGAAUUUGCCAUUUACACAGUAGUUAAGUAUAGAAAUUGAAGUCCAAUGAUUUGUUUUCGUUUCGGCCAUAACGAUGUUUCGCGAUGUUCCAAAACUCUGCGCGUUUGCAUUGCUAAGUUUGGGAGUCGUCGAAUCUGCCAUGAUUUUGUGGCACAAUUGUUUUUCUUAUGCGUUGAUUUAUCCAAUGGCUUCCUAAAAGCCACUUUUGUUAUGCUCGCGUCUCCCGUCGUUGUACUGGUCGCUGUGGCAAUGUCUACCAGUAGCGCUAAAUGGUGACUCGAGAAUGCCUCUCCAAAAACCGAGAUGAGCUCGGGUUCUUUUUUGCGGAAGGCCUGUAUGAGAGGCAAGAAGCAACUCUUUGCAGUUUUGUUGUUGCCAUGUCUAGUUUUGAUCCCUAGCGGCGCACCCCUCUCUAACUCAGAGACCCAUACGAAGAUUUAGAGCGCGAUGCAAGGUUCAUUAUAUAGUAACAACCAAAGUGGCGAUCGCGAUUGUUUUACCAUUGACUUUAUAUUAAUUAUAGAUAUAUUAAUUCGAGCACAAAGGGUAGUAUGGAGAGUAGAUGAAUAAAACAAACAAUUAAGAUGAACCCGCAUAGCUCUUCAAAGAAUGUUAACUGGCGCGAGGCAGCUCACGGUAAGAUUUUUGCAGGGCCCCAUACUUCAUUAGGCAUGCAGUUCUUGAGUAAAUAUAUCGAUGAAGAAAACAAUAAACUGCUUGUUUAGGACCACGGUUUUGUUUUAGAAUAGUGGAGAGUUAAAAAGAAAUUUUCCCAACCAGCUUUUCAUGAUCAGCAGACACAUUAUCGGCAUAACUAAAACGAAUUCCAUAAUAUUCCCUUAGGCUGCUUCUUUUGUUUUUCAGAUAGUUAGCUUCCAUUAUUAUAGAUCCUAUCUGCCAGAGAGAAAUUCAUCUAACUGGUAUUUAACUGCUCAAUAAACUGGGAG